AUGGUCACCACAAGAAGCAAGAAAGCGGAGGAUGCACAGCAGCAACAGCCGGAGAAUGAUGCAUCUCAGCAACAGCCAAGUCUACGUCUGUAUCGAGGCAAUUGCCAUUGCGGAUCCUUCGUUUACGAAGCUGAGUUACCGGAGAUCAAGUCGGCGAUGGAAUGCAACUGUAGCAUCUGCCACAAGAAAGGGUACCUCUGGGUCUUUCCCACAGAAGGCAGCAAGUUCGAUAUUGUCAAAGGCGACAAGGACGCUCUUUCGAAAUACACCUUCGGCGCGAAGAAGCUUGCUCACAAGGUACAGAUUGGCGACGAAUGCAUCGACGUGUUUGAGUUGGAGAAGCAACCGUAUGAUGGUGCCGCCCUCGGAGACAAAUAUGAAUCUCCUGAGCACAGCGGGCCGCUGCCUCCUGCCAUCGACGGCAGCAAGCUCUACACUGGCUCUUGUCAUUGCGGCGCAGUUACCCUAGCUUUCAUGAGUGAGCCGCUGGAUGGAACAAAUGACAACGAAACAGCCGAGUGCAACUGCAGUAUUUGUGUGAGAAAUGCCUACCGAUGGAUCUACCCGAAGAAGGAACGAGUAGUCCUCCACGCCAGCGAACCCUCCAACAUCGGCCGAUACAGCUUCUCGCGUCACGUCCUCAACAAGACAUUCUGCAAGAUAUGCGGUGUGUGCAUGACUAACGAGUACAAACAUCUCUCCGAUGAGGAGCGAAAGGCUGUCGGAGCAGUGCCAGCCGAUGGAUUUGGCGAGCGCAUAAAGGCUGGACACCCGGUGAAUCUACGUGUCCUGCCCGACGUGGACUUGAAGAAGAUGAAGCCCCCAGUCUUGAAGGAUGGUGCCAACAAGAUCUCGCCGCCUUACAAGAACCCUUAG